GCAGCGUUUUACCGGAUGUGACGUUACAUUCACGUUCACGUCUCCGCCAGUGUUUUUAAAAAAGCGGCGGUUGCUCCUCGAGCACCUUCUGGUGAAUAGCAACAACGUUUCUCGUAUUUCUCCAGUUCAGUAACAAAACGUGGAUCCUGGUGUUUUUCUGUAAGGCUUUAAGCUCUUUUCCUGCACCAGGAUCAUGCUGCACCAGCAGUGUGCAGAGGAGCAAGGCCUGCUGGGCUCACUGUGUCCAGGGAGGAAGAAACUGGAAGGGAAGACUUUCUAUCUGGACAAUGUGAAGAAACGUGCAACAGCCCUGCUGUUGGAGGCCAUAUCUCUUCUAGGAGGGGGGGUCGAGAGUUUCCUGCACAAGGAUGUGAGCUUUGUUGUGACUGGAAACCAAGAGUACUUGAAGGGCCAGAAAUGUGCUGAUGCAAAAGCAGGGGCGAAGGAGACAAGUGAAGAAGCUCGGCGUCCUAUAAUGACUCGAGACAGUGUCGUCAGCAGUGACAAACGGCGACCAGGAACUCCUAGACCAAUGGCUUGUGGCAGCCGUGGGAAGGCCCUACUUGAAAAAGCCAUUCGUAACAAUGAACAACUACAGAGGAGCAGUGUAUUGGCCAACGCCCGAUCAUGGGGAGUGAAGAUUUUGUAUGUGGAUGAUGUCCUUUUAUAUUUGAAACAGUUGACUCAAGAGCGUUUCAGUGUGGUACACAAGAGACAAGAGCAGAGGACUACCACCAAACAACAAGGUCCUCAUGUUGUCAAAGCUGCGGCUUUGAGGUCUCCCUAUCUUAAAAUUGAAGAUUUGAGCAGGAAAUACAAGCCCUUGAACAUGCAGUCUAUGACCUUCCCUACUCUGUGGUACUCAGGCCGAUUUAGUCCCUUUGAAUCUCCUCCUCCUCUGUUUGAAAAACCAACAGAGCAAGGAGAAAAUAAAACCAGGGAAAAGAAGAAAGUUGAAAGCAGCAUUCAGGAUAAAUCUCAAACUCUGCUCAGCUGUAACCCAUCACUGUGGAGGCCACGCAAAAAGGACCUGUCUUACUGUGAAUGCUGCCAUGAACCCUUCACUAAUCUUGAGGAGCACUUGCAGUCGGAUAAGCACCGUGCAUUUGUGCUGGAUCUUUCUAAUUACAGCGUAGUGGACCAACUCGUGGCUGAAAUGCUUCCUGGAUUCGACCCCGAUCCACCUCAACAAACAGAAGAAACACUGAACAGACCACCAACUCCCUUGACCAUCCAAGAUGUCUGUGAACUUGAGCCUCUCACUGAUGUUGAGACGGAGCAUGCUGUUCAGGCCUUGCAGAGACAAGGAUCAUCAUUCAAUACUCACCUCUCCAGCCCUACUAUGGGUCCUCUUUCCUGUGGCCCAGGCAGCCCAUCACCAAGAGUUCAGCUUCCCAUCCCAGAUCCAGCCACUCCACCUGCUGACAUCCAGCCUGUCACUGCUGACACAGACUGCCAUCCUCGCUCUUCAAGUCCAGCCAUGCCUGUAUUGGAUAUUGAACUACAAGCCCAAGACCCAGCUAGCCGGCAGCAUGAUGCUCAACAUCUAUCCUCCUGCCCUGAUACACCAUGUCUGUCUCCGGACCCUUACUCCAUGCCUCCAGUUCUGAGCCCACAGGUCCCUUAUCCAUCUAACAGUAUGGAGCUGCACUGUCUUUAUUCAGAUCCUCCUGUCCUCAGUCCUCAACGAUAUCCCGCUGAAGAGGCUGUGGAAGGACAUGCUUGUGAAAUGGACUGUGGAGAAAGUGUGUUUGAGUCCAUCCCAGCUGUCACAGUUCCCGUUUCCACCCUCCAACUUCCCUUGUUAGCCUUAUCAAAUUCUGAAGGAGUACAUGAAGAAAGUCUUUUAAGAUUUAAUGGGAUCAAAUGUCCCUCUAAUAGUUUGGAGUUUGCCACGCUGUUUUCACAUAGAUCUCAUUCCCUCCCUCAACAGUCAUCGACAAAACCAAACCCCAAAAAGCGCUGUAGAUCGGCCAGCCCAGAACAUAAGCACCGCAAAAGGAGGAGGAAAACAGCAACCAGUAUCUGCACUGAAAAAGGGAAUGGUGCAAAACCAGAAAGUGACAUUAUGGUAAAAUCUUAUGGCUGUUUAUUAUCUGGCACAACUUGCACUCUGGAAUCACUUGGUUCAAAACAGACUUUUACUAUGUUUUGUGUUCCUACUGUACAGAGUUUCACUCAAAGGGACAUUAUAGGUCAAGGUUGCACUUUAGUUGCAGAUCAGCAAUCAUGCCCAAAGACUUCUGAUUCCCCGCUUCAGCUCCCCAAUGAAAAAUCUCACAGUACAUUUUCCAGUCAAGACUCGCUAUCCCACUCUACGUCGGUGUGCAUCGAGUCAGCCCUCAUCCCAGACUUAGCCAAACUCUCUCCAUCAUCGUCAGACUCUGACUGGGACUCUGACCUGUUGUCACGGCUGGGACCGAGCAAAGCGGCUCCCCUGUCGCCAAGCGAGCAGAGCCGCGAGCUCGAUAAGGAACUCCUCCACAGGACGUGCACCUGGAUGCACGACACCAGCUACGAGUCGCGUCUGCAUACCGCCCUUCAGCCAUCGACACAGACGACCUCAGUGUGCGGGGAGGACAUGGACCCCUCUGCGUUUUCCAGGACUGUGGUCCAGAUUGUUGAGGUUCAGCACUGAUUGCUAUUUUCUUGAUCAUUUCAAAAAACUGGAAUAACCAUGACUUUGCAGCUGCAUAUCCCAAUGGGCAGCACUUAAGCUCAUCGAGAAAAGUCAGUAAAAUGUACACUGAAUAAAUAUUCAAGAUUUAGUGCAAGCUAAAAUUUAAUAUUUUGCUGUUUUUAGAGGUGCAGAUUUUUAUUUUUUGUUGCAGUAGAGGCUGCUUCUCAGGAAUUUGAGGAACAUCUAUUAUCAUUUUUCCCUUUCAAACCCUAAUCCUCCUUGUGCACAGAUCUCUUAAGUUAUAUUCUUUAUAUCUUGCUGACUGCAGUCUUUGAGCAGCUAUGUCCGGAAACUCAUGGUGAUAUUGAGAAUUUAAUGAGGCUUUUCUGAAGGGGGCAUUACUCAAUUACUGUAAGUGCUGCAUCUGGAUCACAUCCCACUCGCGCUGCCAUUGAUGAGGCGUUAGUAGAGUGGAGGACUUGCACAACCUGCGAGAUGUCAGACGGCUCUCUGGUGUUUGAAUGUGGGCCAGAGGACGGACUUUGUCAAGGAGAGACGACCGCUUCACAGUAGUGUGCCACAGCCACAGGAGGUUUAUUAUCUUUACUUGUCACUUUUUGAAGUGUAAGGUCAUCUACCAUUUAAAAACUUGUAAUCUCUCAUCAGCAACAGACAAAUGUCGGAACGACAUGUUGUCCAAAGGCUGCACCUUUUUCAAUGAGCAAAGAGAGACACCGUGUGAUCUCAGUUCUUGGCAGAAUUCCUCUUUAUGAAAUGUGAAGUCCAUCCUUGUACAGUGUUUUUAAAUAAAUGAUUUUAACCAUAA